UAUUCCAAAUUAUUCUUUUUCAUACUCUCAGUCGGUCUGCUAAUAUAUUUAUUAUUAGCUUUGUACUAUGUGUACCACUCUACACUUAAGCCAACUUAUACGAGAUUCGAGUACAACGUAGAAGACAUUCCAUUGCGUAGGGAUCUAGAGAGCGGGAUGAGGUAUAUAUUAAUUUGGACGACGGAAGAAACAGGGGAGAAAAGAAAAUAUUUCGGUGAUGGAACCUUCCCUUUCAUUGACAACAGAUGUUCAAAUACCAACUGCUAUUUAACCACUAACAAAACUUUUCUCGGAGAUUAUACGAAUUUUGACGCGAUCGUCUUUAAUACUAAGUACAUGAGAGACUGGAGGAAUAAAAAAUUGCCGGCCAGAAGAUCAGUGACACAAAAGUAUAUAUUCCAUAGCACAAUCACCUCGGAUGAUGCACCGGUCUGUAACGUCAUAACCGAUGGCUACUUUAACUGGACCUGCACGUAUAAAAUGGAUUCUGAUAUCUUCAAUCCGAUGGUGGAGGUGUUAGAUUUGGAAGGGAACUAUGUGGCACCAAAAUCGUCAGUGGAUUGGGAAACUUCCAGUGAUACAUUAUUGGAUACUACCAUUAGAAUAUCGCAUAACAAAACAAAGGCGAUGGCGUGGAUAGUAGACCGGUGUGACACGCGUAACGACAGGCUGGCAUUUGCGAGAAAACUGCAAAAGGCCUUAAAAGAAAUGUCCUUGGAUUUCGACAUAUACGGCUGCGGUUUUCUAGAUUGUCCCAAAGAUAAUUGUAUGAAGGUUAUACGUGACUACUAUUUUUACUACGCUGCCGAAGAAAGCGACGCAAUGGAUUAUAUAACGAAGGAGGUUUUAAGAGCUUUUCAUACGUUAACAGUGCCAGUCGUCAGAGGAGGCGCUGACUACAAGAAGUUUCUUCCAGCACGGUCCUACAUCGACUCCAAGUCAACGUCUAUGGACAGUCUGGUUGCAUGGAUCGAUCACGCUAUCAGGGAUCCUCUUACAUACAAACAUUUUCAUCUGUGGAGGAAGUACUAUCGCGUCAGAGCCGUCAACCCCUUUCAAGGUCUGUGCAGAAUCUGCAUGGCUGUAAAUGACAAGGCUUUUAAUAGACAUAGCGUUAAAAACAACUUCAGGAUGUGGUGGAAUAACGGGCCCCUGUUUGAACGCUGCUUGCCCAAAAGCGCGGAAUCUCUGUCGCAUGUUUUGUCCUACGCCAACAAGACAGUUUGGUGACCUAAAAUACCUAUUUUGUCAUGUCAUACCUACGACCUUUAAAGCUAUUUUUACUGUAAACAAAAGGUGUCUUUGUGAAGAAAUGUCAAGCAACGCGAAAGAAUUGGAGGCGCCAAAAUUGGUAAAGGUUUGUUCCAUAAUUCAUAGCACCGUGUAUUUAUUCGUUGCCUUCUAUGUAUCGUUGUACCUAUUAAUUCA